AUGGCUAUAUUACCAGGACAACGGACGCUUGUGAGCAGCGUGAGCGGUCGAACCUGCCGCCAAGGUCAUUCCCAAGAGGAUAUUGACAUUGCCUACCAAUACGAAGCGCAACAAUACCGCCAUGCCUUGUCCGCGUUGAUUGACAAGAUACGAUGCAGCGACGAGACAGAACUUCAGGAGCUACUUGAAGCAAUCCGGAACCCGGAUACCCUCACUGAAGCCGUGCAAGAAACUUUACGUCGAAAGUACUGCUAA